AUGGCCUCUCACUUCCACUUCGGUGCAACCGACGCUGGGGACGCAGACAUGGCUCUGCACACCGCCGUAUGCGAUCCCCCCGCUCGCAUUUAUCUUGGCCCCCCCUCUACGUCUCCUGCCGCUAGUGGCUCGCGCCCCUCGACUUCGUCUAGCCACGGGUAUCCCGUCAAGCAUAGCUCCUCGGACACCGAGGUCGAUUCGACCUACGAGGAUGGGUCCUCCUUGACUCUGAUCACUGCUACGGAGGACAGCUUUCACGGAUCCGCGAGUGGCACACGCACCCCUCCGGAUAUGGAUCUUUCCCAUGGUGGCGACGACGGUGUCAACGGUGGCCUUGGUAUCCCCAGCGGAAUGGUGGGGACCAGUGCCAUGACCACGAGCAGACCUGGCGGUUCGAACAACUUCGUGAGCAAGCUCUACCAGAUGAUUAACGACCCAAAGUCAGCCCAUUUCAUCGCCUGGACAGAGCUCGGUACCUCCUUCGUCGUAUCGAACGUCGGAGAGUUCAGCAGGAGCAUCCUGGGGUCGCACUUCAAACACAAUAACUUCUCAAGUUUUGUGCGCCAACUGAACAUGUACGGCUUUCACAAGAUCAACAGGACGCCACGGGCUCAGCGUACGUCGACGGAUCAACAAGUCUGGGAGUUCUCGCACCACAAGUUCCUGCGAGGCAGACCAGACUUGCUGGAUGAGAUCAAGCGCAAGGCGCUGGAACCGGACCCGAGCAUCAAGCAUCGUGUUGAGCUACCUGGAGAGGUUGCUGCGCAGUUGAAUUCCAUGCGUGACGAGAACAGGCGGGUAUGGGAGCAGCUGGCCGUCGAGCGACGGCGCGCCGAGCAUCUCAUCGGUGUCGUCGGCCAGUUGUGGGAUAUCGUUGGGAAAGGAUUUCCGGGGCAGGUCCCGCCCUUCCCUGUCGAGCUCUUCGACGGGAAUGAGAGCCCUGCCAUCCUGGUUACCUCGCCGCAGGCGGGUGACCAGGUGCGGUAUAAUGGAGACCAGACUCGGUACAGUGGAGGCCAAGGACAAAAUCGCUACGCCGGCAGCGAGGCCGGGCCUCGCUACGUACCCCCCAUUCACAUCCCCGGAACUCAGUCGUCCAUGCAUUCCAUGCACACCCUCGCCGUGUCCCCGACGUCGAGCCCGACGGGGCCGGAGAUGCCUCCAUACCACUCGCAUGCGCCGAGCCCGCUGUCGUCAGGCGCGGUCUCCAUGAACGGGUUUCCGUACGCGCGCUCGCAGCAGCAGUCGUACUCGGCACCUGACUCGGGGGUGUCUCUCCCGCCGCAUGGCGGGCUGCCGCCGAUGCAGGGCAUGCAUAUGGAUAUGUAUCACGACGGAGGAGGGCGCGCGGGGACGAAGCGCCCGCGCCUGGCGGGCGACGAGGGCGCGGACCGGAGGAUGGCCCGGGCGCGCAGCGAUAGCGCGCCGCUGGGGUUCGGGUACGGCGGCGAGACCGUGCAUGACAGCGGCGGAGUCUGGGAGGUACGCUCGCGCAGCGGGAGCGAGUAUCACCUGGACGGAGAUGAGAGGCAGAUGGCGAUGGGCAUGCCGGGGAUGCCUGGCGUCCACGGCCAGUCGGUCAACCGGUGUCCGCCGCCCUCGGGGCCGUCCAUGCUCAUUUCGCCGCUGUCCAACGCACGGUGA